ACACGGCCACAUAAUGUGUGUGAUUUGCAGAAUUGCCGCUCUCACCAGUCAAUCUACACCUGCCUGUCCAGAGGAUCCACAUAUAAUGGGACCAUUAUUGUGCAGCCAUUUGACCCAAGAAAGCUGACCGGAGGAAUAUCUGGAAGUCUGCGUCAGGCGUUCAGAGAGCUUGAGUUGCUGGAUGAAAUCACCAAGCUGCGCUACCUGGGCAAGAUCUCACCCAAAGUGACAGGCAUCACACACAAUGAACUCAUC